AUGGCUGGCGCUGGGGACGAGUACUACUACGGCGGGCCGGGCCCACGCGGCGCGCCUCACGGCCUGCUGCUGGCGGUGGUGGUGGGCCUCGUGGUGGCGGGCCCGCUGUUCCUGGGCGACGGCGGCGAGGCGCUGACGGAGGCCGUGGCGGAGCUGCUGAGCCCCGUGGGGCUCCUGCUCCUCCCCGUGUGCCUGCUGUUCCUCAUCCGCCUCCUCUCCUCCGACCGCGGGGCCGCGGCGCUCGCCGACGUCUUCGCCUUCGGCGGGUCCCCCGACGCCGUCCACCGCGUGGGAGGCUCCCCCGUCGGCGUCGCGUUCAUCCUCCUCCUCAUCCUCGCGCUGCUCUACUACCGCUCCUCGCUCUUCGGCGGCGACGGCGGCGACGACGAGUAG